ACGGUUUAUGGCACAAAUCUCGCGGUUUUCAUGAAUACAUUUGAUAUUUACGUUUUUUAUUUGGAUAUAUUUUAUGCAGAAGACAUAAAGUUCUUCGAGCAACCGGUCUUCAGGCGUUGCGCAAAGCGUAAAUUUAAUUCACACUAAAAUAAUUUUAAUUGCUCAAAAAUUGCCGUGUCGCAAUGCAUCUCGUACAUUUUUUUUGUGUUUGUUUAUUAACCAGAACGUGAAGAGUUCGAAUAGAAAGCGCAGAUAGGACAAUUUUGUGAAAUACCUGAUUCCUCCAGCCCAAGAGAAGCACAAACGUCAACGCAUACGAAAAACAAAGGAAAGAAGAAGAUAAUCAAAAUGGAAAGGUAUCACAUUUACAAAUUAGGGCUCGCCAUAUUGUUCUACGCGAUUUACUGUAGAAGAUCUAUGAUGGUGAAAGCAUUGAAUUCCGACCACGGAAGGUAUAACAAUACCGAUCAAUACUACGUCUACUAUCAAGGAGUGGAAGGAAGACCUGGAGUGGAUUUUCCAAUCUACUCCCGUAUCCCUCGGACUACGUUCAGCUGCAAGGAAGUCGAAAGCGGUUAUUACGCAGAUUUAGAAACAGAUUGCCAGGUGUUUCAUAUAUGCAACGAAGGUGUUAAGGUUUCAUUCUUAUGUCCAAACGGCACGAUAUUCCAACAGUCCGACUUGAUUUGCGAUUGGUGGUUCAAAGUGAACUGCACCAAUUCGCCAAAUCUGUAUGAGGAAAGUGCCGAGCAACUGCGUGAAUCCAACUUAAGGAGGAAGGCGUCGCGACGCGUGUCCAAUGGAAAUGCGGAUAACCAAUUUGCUAGUAGGAAAAUGGAUUUGUCUGAAGAUUUUGGUGAAAGGCGAUCUCAAUCUAGAGGAAGGUCGAACUAUCGUGAACCUAAUAGCAGCGAAGAAGCUCAAGUGCCACAGGAAACAGCUGGAUUCUACAAGAGCAAUUACAAUAAUAUUCCGAAGACCAAGAAUCCUUACCCGAAUCACAGACAGACUUAUUCAGAGAUCCAGAAGCCGAAGAACUAUUACACUAAUGCUCCGAACUAUUACUCAUCAUCUUCUAGUCCGCAAACAUUCGCUUCCACCAACAAAAGCCCUUUGAACAAUGGUCAACCCUUUGUGGUUUCCACUCCAAAAUUCGGAACGUAUCCUACAGAAAGAACUACUUUCCAAUAUUCUCCAACUGUGCCCACCGUACAGAGAACUACGCAAGUUCCCAGGACCACAUACGCUUUAAGAAAUCCAAAAGUGUUGUCCACAAGAAGAGAGUAUCAAACCACUACUCCAUCAGCAAUAACAACAAACAGUUUCAAAUAUCCACCAACUACAAGACAGACUUUCACAGCUACAACUAGAAAACCAUUCACGCCAACAACAAGACAAUCAUUCACAUCAACGAGACAACCAUUCACAACAACAAGACAACCUUUCAUAACAACAACCAGACAAUAUUACACUACACAGCAAGAUUUCGCUACAACGAGACAACCAUUUAUAACCACUCAAAGAUUUAUACAAACAACAAAAUUACCACCACCAACAACAGUUUCUGAAAGCUUCACAACCUUUGGGUCGCGUACCAACCCAAGAGUACCAAAAACUUUUAACAACAACACACCAUUGCCGAAAGCUUACAACAAUGUUGUUGAAACCUUCACGAAUCCUCCAACUGUUGAAAAUGGAAAAUCCACAGUUCCUCGCAAAAUUAAAUCGAAAACUUCUUACACCAUAGGUCUUAAUAGCGUACAAGGAGCUGUUUCCUUUAAGCUACCAGAAGAAAGAACAACACCUCAUACUUACAAAACAACUUCUACCACAAAACCUGGAAAUAUAAAGAUUACUUUGAGCAGCGACGGUGGAUUUAAGGCAAUCAAACCAAGAGGAAAGUCGUAUGAGAGUAAUUUCAACAAUAUCAACAAUAUUAAAGCACCAAAAUUGUCUUUGGAGAAUGAGAUUCCUGAAGUACCAUCAACGGAUCGUCCAUCAACUGGGUUCUUUGUAACUAAAGAUACUUUUAGACCGGCGGAGUUUGUCACUUCUAGUUUCAAUGCUGGAUCAAUUACAGGAUCAAAGAACACCUAUAUUCCAACAGCAGCUCCUGGAUAUACCACAACAGCAGCAUCUACACCAGUUACCGAAUAUUAUUCAAACACUUUUGAUUUUGCCAAGCACACUGACAUCCCUGCUGGAUCAAUUACCGGCUCUAAGAAUACCUACAUUCCAACAGUUGCUCCAAGUUUCACCACAACAUCUACUUCGAGUCCAGUUACGGAAUAUCAAGAAAAUACAUUUGAUUUUGUGAAAAACAAUGGUCUUCUAGCAGGAUCAGUUACAGGUUCUAAGAACACGUAUAUUCCUACAGCUGCUCCAGACUUCACCACAACGCCACAACCUUCUCCAGUUACGGAGUACCACUCAAACACUUUUGGUUUUGUAAAACCCACCGGUAUACCAAAACCAAAACCGUUCUCUUUGCCAUCUUCAACACCUGAACCGAAAACUAUUACUACUUACAGACCCCAGGAAUCAACUACUCCUAAUUAUCAAACAUCUUCUGCAAGUCCAUUUAUGAAUGUUGGUACCACUCAGCAACCUAUUGAAUACACAACUCCUACCCAUCCUACUAUAUACUCAUCUGCUAGACCGUUCACUGCAUCAACUGUAAGCCCAAAUGUGUUUGGAAUGAUCGAUACUCUGAAAGAAAUUGCCAACGUGAGAGUAUCUAAGGACUACGAACCAGAGUCUUCUCGUCCAGGUCUCAUCGUUCCUCCAUCAGCUGGACCACAAACCUUGCACACCUUGGCUGUUUACUUUGCAAACGCAUUAGAUAACUUAGUUCCUGAUGAAAAUACAACCGAUGUUCAAUCAGAAAAUGAAACAACUACAACUGAAAUUAACGAGAAUCUAGUUAUCAAUUCAUUAUUGAGCAAACACACCGUUUCCAAAUAUCACGAACUAUUUAAAGAUUCAAGUGCGGAGGCUGAGACCGAAGACAAAGAAGUGGAUAAAGACGAAGAUACCAAUGGAGAUGUUAAUGAUUUAGACAGUGAGCAUUCUAGUAACGCGGUCCAAAGUCCAAGGGUUCGUCAAUUGGCUAAAGUAUUCACGCAAGCUCUAUCUUCGUACUUGGAUGAUCCUGACACUUUCAAGAAAGUAUUGCACGAAAUUAGACCAACCGAACCACCACCAAUUAAAACCUUACCAACGGAAACCCCAGAUGAUGAUGAACUUUUGAACUUCUCAGACGCCGAUAUUAAACCGGAAACUCCGAGAUUGCCAACUCCGGCUCCUCCAAAUCCCACUUGGGGCUACAUUUUAGCAUUCAACAAAUCUGAGCACAUAGACAAUAAUAAUUUGGAGAAUUUACAGAGUGCUGACAGUCAGUCAAUUAUACCUUCAUUAAACGAGAUUCUCAAUAACAGAAUUAACAAAGCUUUGAGUCCACCUAAAGAGCUGCCUUCCAAUCACUGGACUUCUUCACCGGAAGUUGCUAAACUCUGGCAAACGACUCUAUCCGUAGACCCGGCUGACAUCAACGAUAAGCUUGAAACCACUGAGCUACCUAAAGCAGUUCCAGAUAGUGAAUUCAAAGAGAGUGCAUCUCAGGAAGUUGAAAUAACUUCAACGCAGAAACCUUUUGAAACGACGUAUUUCCCAAGAGCAUUUGAAUAUACUUCAACUACAGUUGAAUCCACAACCAAAUUUGUUAUCGAGGAAACAACUAAAAGGCCUUUCGAAGAUGUAUUAAAUGGUUUCAAUCCUAACGAUUUCGCUCCGAUUCCUUCUAAAGAUUUCGAAGCUUACGAAUAUGAAGCUACCACUAUUCAACCACCAACUGUGACAGCAAGUGAGGCAUUGGAAAGUUUAGAUAAAUACGUAACGGAAUCAAUAAUUGAUUAUGAAUUACGUGCGUUGCCGGAUAUUCAAUUGAACUCAACGCAAGUUCAUGGUAUUUUGAUUGAUUUCAUGAAUUCUACUAAGAACGAAAAAGAGUCCAAUAAAUUGAAGAGGAUUUUGAAUAAAUUAAACACUACAGAAAACGAGUUCUUGGAUAAAAUGCAGCAGAUCGAGAAAAAUCCUUUGACCAGAAGGCUGAUUUUGCUGCUGAUCAGCGAAUGCGGAAACAAAACGCUGGAAACUAAGGCUGUCAGUGAUAUAAUCAAGUAUGGUAGUGGGGAGCUGGGUCAGGAGGCUAGCCAUAUAGAAACUGUGGCCGUGAAGGAAACGGAAAACAGUCCAUUGGGAAUUUUCGUGCAGCCCGAAUUGAAGCGCGAUGAUCAGGAUAGCAGAGCCCUGCAAUUAUUGAAUUCGCUAUACAGCAUAGCUUCCAAGUAUGGAAAGUGAAAGCUCAAGACGGCUUGGAUGCGUGAUAUUUUGUUAAAUGUGUGAGCUUUAAUGGAUUACAAUUACUAUUAUUAUUAUUUUUACCUUUGUUAUUGUGUGUAUUAUAAUCGUACAUUUAGCGUUUAAUAUUUAGUGCACGGUUAUUAUUAUUAUUAUUUUUAUAUCAUUAUUAUUAUUAUAUCUAAAUAUAUAUUACGUAAUUCCAGGAGUUUAAAAAUCCACGAAGAGUUCGUAUGCGGGUUUGUAAUUAAAAGAUAUGCAAUCCAGUAAAGUGUGCA